AUGGAUGCAUAUCACGAAUUCAUUGAUCCAUCAAAAGUGAAUAAUUGUGUGGGAUGUAAUUUCAUCUCAUCAACCAAAAGAAACCUCAUAGUGGGUAAAGGGUCAUUAUUACAAAUUUUUGAUACCAUCCAAUUAAAACAAUCCACUAUUAAUAAACCACAAUAUCGAUUGAAAUUAAUUGAUCAAUUCAAAUUACAAGGAGCAAUCACUGAUUUAAAAUCAAUUAGAACUAUUGAAAAUCCUAAUUUGGAUUAUUUAAUGGUAUCGACUAAAUAUGCCAAGUUUUCAAUAAUUAAAUGGGAUCAUCAUUUAAAUACUAUAGCCACGGUUUCAUUACACUAUUAUGAACAUUGUAUACAGAAUUCAACGUUUGAAAAACUUGCUGUUUCAGAAUUGAUUUUAGAACCAACAUAUAAUUCAGUAAGCUGUCUUCGAUUCAAGAAUUUAUUAUGUUUUUUACCGUUUGAGGUUAUAGAAGAAGAUGAUGAUGAUGAAGAAGAAGAGGAUGACGAGGAGGAGGAGGAGGAUGAAGAUAUGAAAGACUCCAAAGAAAAGACAGACAAAAAACAAUUGAAAACUGAUGAAAUAGAAGAAGAUACAAAUGGUACUAAUAAAGAAUCACAUUUAUUCUAUGAUUCCAGUUUUAUAAUUGAUGCCACUACUUUAGACUCAUCAAUAGAUACCGUUGUUGAUAUGCAGUUUUUACAUAAUUAUCGUGAACCAACAAUUGCAGUGUUGUCUCUGAAACAAGAAGUUUGGGCUGGGAAUUUGAUCAAAUCAAAAGACAAUAUCCAAUUUCAAGUAUUAACUUUAGAUUUAAAUCUGAAAUCUACAAUUUCUGUAUUCAAGAUUGAUAAUUUACCCUAUGAAAUCGAUAGGAUCGUUCCAUUACCAAGUCCAUUAAAUGGUACAUUAUUAGUUGGUUGUAAUGAAUUGAUACAUGUGGAUAAUGGAGGGGUAUUGAAACGUAUUGCCGUCAAUAAAUUUACUCGUUUGAUAACUGCAUCAAUUAAAAGUUUCCAAGAUCAAUCUGAUUUAAAUUUGAAAUUAGAAAAUUGUUCCAUAGUACCUAUUCCUGAUGAUCACCGUGUUUUGUUGAUUUUACAAACAGGGGAGUUUUAUUUUAUUAAUUUUGAAUUAGAUGGGAAAUCAAUUAAAAGAAUUCAUAUUGAUAAUGUUGAUAAAAAAACUUAUGAUAAAAUACAAUUGAAUCACCCUGGUGAAGUUGCUGUAUUAGAUAAGAACAUGUUAUUCAUUGCCAAUUCCAAUGGGAAUAGUCCUUUAAUACAAGUUAGAUACCGUGACUCAUUAAAAACACUGGAAACCAAAGAAUCUAAAUUAAAGCAAAUUGAAGGCAAAGAAAAAGAGGACACCAAUGACGAAGAAGAAGAAGAGGAUGAAGAUGAAGAUGACUUGUAUAAGGAGGAAGAAGAGGAGGAAACUCAAAAAACGAUAAGUAAAUCUCGUAUCGAGUUUUUAUACCACGAUGAAUUGAUUAAUAACGGUCCAUCAUCUACUUUUACAUUAGGAAUAUGCUCAAAAGAGAGAUUCAAAUGUAACUUACCUAAUCCAAACUAUAAUGAAGUUUCUAUUUUGAGUAAUGCCGGGACUGAUUCACAAACCAAAUUGAAUAUAAUCACUCCAACGAUUCAACCAUCUAUUUCAUCAUCAUUAACAUUUUCUCAAGUUAAUCGAAUGUGGAAUUUAAAUCAAAAGUAUUUGAUAACUUCCGAUGAUGUCAAUUAUAAAUCGGAAAUUUUUCAAAUUGAAAAAUCUUAUGCGAGAAUGAAAUCAAAACAUUUUAUUAAUAAUGAAUUAACCAUCAAUAUGCACGAAUUAAAUAAUGGUAAAUUCAUUUUGCAAGUGACACCUAAACAGAUUGUAUUAUAUGAUAAUAAAUUCAAAAAAAGAUUCACAUUGAAUGAUGAAAUUAAAGAUGAUGAAAUUUUAAGUAGUAUUUUAAGAGAUGAAUUUUUAAUGAUUUUCUUAGCUAGUGGUGAUGUAAUGAUUUUUGCCAUUAAUACUUAUAAUGAAUCAUACGAUAAAAUAGAAAUUCCAAAAUUAUUAGAUGAUACAAUUAUCACCACCGGGUAUAUUACUAAUUCUCAUUUAUUGAGUGCAGUUUCUAAAAAUGUUAAUUUGUUAUUAGGUAAUAGCACCACCAACAAUGACAACAACAAAAGUAACAAUAAGAAAAAGAGAAAAUAUAGUGCUUUAAGUACUUCUGGAAGAGAUAAGAAAAAUACUGAAAAACCACAAACAACAGCAGCACAUACACCAAAAGUAAAUAAAGUGAAAACAUUUGUUUUGGUCACUGGUGACAACCGUAUUGUUGCAUUUAAUAGAUUUCAUGGAGAAAAAUGUUAUCAGUUAAACAAUGUUGAUCGGUUUACUGAUAAUCUUUCCCUUGGAUUUUUUGACCCAAACCAACAAACAGUUGAUCCAUUUAUAAAACAAAUCAUGUUGAAUGAAUUGGGUGAUAAAUUUGAUAAUAAAGAUGAAUAUCUUACUAUUUUGACUAUUGGUGGUGAAAUAUAUAUGUAUAAACUUUAUUAUGAUGGAGAGAAUUAUUUUUUCAAAAAGGAAAAAGAUUUAACUAUUACGGGUGCUCCAGAUAAUGCUUUCCCCUAUGGUACUUCAAUUGAAAGAAGAUUAGUAUAUUUCCCCAAUUUAAAUGGAUUCACUAGUAUUUUUGUGACUGGAGUAAUUCCAUAUUUGAUUUUGAAAACCAUUCAUUCAAUUCCAAGAAUUUUCCAAUUUUCAAAAAUUGCUGUCAUGUCAAUUUCAGCAUUUUCAGAUUCCAAAAUUAAAAAUGGAUUGAUUUUUUUGGAUAAUCAACAAAAUGCUCGUAUUUGUGAAUUACCAUUAGAUUUUAAUUAUGAAUUCAAUUUACCAAUGAAACAUGUGGAUAUUGGAGAACUGAUUAAAUCAAUAGCAUACCAUGAGACGUCUGAUACAGUUGUAUUAUCAACAUUUAAACAAAUUCCUUAUGAAUGUCUUGAUGAAGAAGGGAAACCAAUUGCUGGUAUUAUCAAAAAUAUUAAAGACACACCUGCCAUUUCAUUUAAGGGUUCUGUUAAAUUAGUCUCACCCUAUAAUUGGACGGUCAUUGAAAAUAUUGAAUUAGGGGAUAAUGAAGUUGGCAUGACGAUAAAAUCAAUGAUUCUUGAUGUUGGGUCAGAAUCAAAGUCUACGGUUGGAACUGAUCCCAAUUCAUUAAUUAAAAAAUAUAAUAAAAAGAAACGAGAAUAUAUCGUUAUUGGAAUUGGGAAAUAUCGUAUGGAAGAUCUUGCUGCCAAUGGGAUUUUCAAAAUAUAUGAAAUCAUUGAUAUUAUUCCUGAACCUGGGAAACCAGAGACUAACCAUAAAUUUAAAGAGAUUUUCAAAGAAGAUACUCGUGGUGCUAUCACCAGUAUUUGUGAAUUAAGUGGACGAUUUCUAGUAUCACAAGGUCAAAAAGUGAUUGUUAGAGAUUUACAGGAUGAUGGUACUGUUCCAGUAGCAUUUUUAGAUACCCCAGUAUACGUUUCUGAAUCGAAAAGUUUUGGCAAUUUAGUAAUUUUGGGAGAUCCAUUAAAAGGAUGUUGGUUAGUUGGAUUUGAUGCUGAACCAUUUAGAAUGAUAAUGUUGGGUAAAGAUACCCAACAUAUAUCAGUAGAAUGUGCUGAUUUCAUAAUCAAUGAUGAUGAAAUAUUUGUAUUGGUUGCUGAUAAUAAUAAUGUUCUUCAUUUAUUAAAUUAUGACCCUGAUGAUCCUCAAUCAAUUAAUGGUACCAAACUAUUAACCAAGGCAUCAUUUGAAUUGAAUUCAACAAUAUCAUGUUUAAGGUCAUUACCAUUGAAAGAUAUUGAUGAGAAAGUACAAAAUGAGACCGAUGCUGCCGCUGCCGCUACAAUCCCUCUUCCAAAUAAUACCCAAAAUAACUUCCAAGUGAUUGGAUCUACCCAAGAUGGAUCAUUUUUCAAUGUUUUCCCCAUUAAUGAAGCAGCAUAUCGAAGAAUGUAUAUUUUACAACAACAAUUAAUUGAUAAAGAGUUUCAUUAUUGUGGAUUAAAUCCAAGACUUAAUCGUAUUGGUAGUAUCAAAUUACAAAAUAAUGAAACUAAUACUAAACCAAUUUUAGAUUAUGAUUUGAUUAGAAGAUUUACUAAAUUGAGUGAUGAUAGGAAACGAAAUUUUGCUAAUAAAGUGAGUGGCAAAGGUAUUUAUCAAGAUAUUUGGAAAGAUAUUAUAAGAUUUGAACAUGCAUUGAAUGAUCUAUAA